AUGAAUGAACCAACUGAUGGAAAAGUCAACGACAGGAAGAGGAAGAAGCCGGAUGACAAUAUAGAGGAGGGAAAGGACCCAGGGAAGUCCAAAAAAAAAGUAGAGUUUGAAAAUGACGAAGAGUAUGAAAAGUACCUCCUGAGUAACUUCAAGAAGGGGCCUGCCCGGGGGAGCAGGGGUGAUGGACAGCACGAAGGUCGCCGCCAGAGCAGUUCGGCAGAAGAGUACACCCUCUCUGACAUGAUCAAGAGCUUCUACAACGAGCUGAAAAAGUACAAAACGGUGGAUGACAUGGCAAACGAAAUUAAAAGACUAGCAGUACAAAACAUUAGAAAAAAUUUAGAGAUCAUUUGUAACAACGAAUGCACCAGCUCCUUCUUUGUAGAAAAGUACCGAGUCAAAUAUAUCAACGAGCAGAUUGAACUGAAUGUGAAAUCCGCACAAAAUUAUUUUAAAGAAUUUUUAAUACUUUACAAUAGCAACAAUUUUGAUGACUUCACAUUGGAGGUGAAUACCAACGUGGAGAAGAAGGCAGAAAAGGGGAAGGAUGCCGACCUCGGUGAAGAAGAAGCCAAUGAGGCUGAAGAUGACCCCGCAGUGAUGGACCACACGGAGAAUAGCCACAACGACGAUCAUAACAAUGAUGAAAAUUCUCCAAGUAAAAACCAAAGCAGUGAAAAAGAUGGACACGGAAGUGAUGACAUAUACAAAGCCAACACAUGGAAAGAAAAAAUAAAAUGCAAAAUUGAAAACGCAAAUGAAAAUACAAACGUUUUGAUAAAAAUUGUAAAUUACUUAUCCAGUACUUCACUACACAUCGACCACAUACCAAUGAACAUAAAAAAGUUCGACGUUAUAAAAAAGUUAAACGAACUAAAUUACGAUGUGUUGAAUGCUAAUAUAUGGGAUACGUAUAGCUCCAAAGAAAGCAGACCCUUCUCCUUAUCCAUCUCUACAGUUCCUUCCUUCUACAGAAAGGCAAAUAUAUACUUUAAAAAGCACAACAAAAUGACGGACCUUUUAAGUGCCCUCCGUGAAAAAUCACGUAGUAUUCAAAUCAAUGGCUGGUAUUUAAAUAACGUGAAAAGGAAUAUUUACAACUACGUGGAUUUUCGAAUUUGCCCCCCUAUAUGUUCCCACGUAGAGGUAAUUAAAGCCGACUAUGAGAAGGCAAAAAUAUUGGUUAGAAAAUUGGACGCUUCUUGCCAUAUCGAUGCUGAUCUGAUGGAGCGCAUAAAGGAAGAGGACUAUAUCGAGGUCAGGCAGAAGAAGAGGAAGUUGGGCGAGGAUCAAGCGGAUGGGGAAAACGGUAAUGUAACCGCCGAAUCGGUUGCACCGAGUAAUUGUGAGAAUAAUGCCAACCAACUGAGGGACAGCCCUAUCAUAGACAUCAUCGAAGAGAACAAUAAUCUUAGUGUUACAAAAAAGUUGGACAUCCUAAUUAUGUACCUCCGAUUUGUGCACAACUUUUGUUACUACUCAGCAAGGAAAUUCAACACGUACGACGAAAUGGUGAGGGAGUGUGGCUACUUCUACCUGCGCGUGAACAUGCAGAAUAAGUUUUACAACAACAUGAUCCCCAUUUUUUACGAAGAUUUUAACGUAAGCAAGUUGGAGCAGUACGGGCAGCAUGGUCAGACCACAGGCUGGAUAAGCAACUCAGCGGAUGGAGCACUUGCAGAGGAAAACCAACCAAACGAGGAGAACAACCCAAAUGAACACAACAGCUGCCCCCUUCUACACCACCUAAAGAAGAAAUACUUUAAAGACGUGGAUAACCUGUCGGAAUACCAACUCAAAUGGCUUCUCCACUUCGAGGCAGAAAUUGAGGACGCCAUAAAAGCAAACUACAAUGAACAAAUAGAAAUAGAAAAGACAAAAGAAUUUAUGGAAAUUUUAAAAAAUAAUUAUAUUUUGAAACCUAGUGAUAAUCCCCAUAGCGACGGCAAAAGUGAAAUACGUUGUGCGAAGUGCAAGAAACUUUUCAACCACAUUAAGGACGUUCCUAACCACAUCUUCAUUAAACACAGCCAAUUUAAAUUGAAACUCAUCACAGAAACCGAAGCAGAGAUAAUGAAAAAAUGCUUUUAUGAAGCCCCCCACAGUUUUCACUUCCUUUUCAUGAUGGAAAAAAAAUAUAAUUCUGGCUAUUCGAAGAGUCAUCUAAGUAAGAAUAUUUUUAAAAAACCCAAAAAUUUUAAAAACCAGAAUUUUCACCUCCUCCCCAACAGCGCGAAGAGUGACUACAAAGAUUUUGACGACCCUAGCUCGAAUGUCUUCGAGAAUGUAAAACAGAGUGAUAACAAGAAGACCGAUUUUUACGACGACACGUAG